UAUUGUGUAUUGAUAGUAUAUUUUUGGCCUAUAGAAAUCAGGAACCGGUUGAGGAAAAAGCAAGUUUCGACUGUCUGUGUCCCUACAUGGCCUUUUUGUAGGCACUUUGAUUCGCGGUGCUAUAAUAUUGCGCCUGUUAUCCACAGAUUCAUAUUUAUGUCGGGAAACGUAGUGAUAGAAAAGUAAAUCUAAUUUUAAGGCAGCUAAAACACACAGCAAUACAACAUAAUGAGUAAAGUAUACAAAAUAUAAUUUCUAUCAAGCAACCCCUAAUUUAGAAGAUACUGCUUUCCAGUUUUUAUAUCUGUUGGCUCUUUUAUUGUCAUGAACACGAAAUUUGUUCUCAGCAUUUUACCAAUCACAAUUAACACACAUACUUACUUGAAGGAGCAGGGGGCAGCUGAAGCACCCGAAGAGUAUUAGUGUCUUGCUCAAGGACACCACAGCUGUGAGUUUGGGGGGAUGUUAGCAGACGGUCCAGUUGGGGUCUUGAAUCGACAGUAGGUCCCCCACGGUGGCAGGCAAUGGUCUUAACUAAAGGGCCGCGAUUGCCGACCAGAUUCUAAGACCUGACCUCCAGAUCAUCUCUUCGUACCACAUUCAGCACAAGUACUUAAGCGGGCCCAUAACUUCAAAUUUACCCGUACCCAGAAUCACCCAAACCAUUCAAUUUAUUUAACAACACUUCUGGUGGCCCAGUCUGGCUAAAGACACCCAAGAGUUUGGCGUAGCCUGCUCUGUGCGUGCCUGAGGGGAGGUCCCACGUGGGAGAUUGAGCAAGUGGUCAAGGAGGCCCAAAAAAAGCCAGCCUGAUCCCAAGACCAGGCCUCCUGACUGCCUGUUUGUACUGGAUUCUGCAGCUUCCAAAGUCCGGAGGUAACACUGUCAUGUUCACAAUUAUUGAUUGCUUUUUUAAAUGUGUCCUCUCCCCAAACGCUCAUCCACACUGAAAACCACUAACCUCCUUGUCUUGCAUGUGUCCAAAUGCCAUGUUAUUCCCGGUGAUAUUGUCUCUGACCGAGUUCCCCAAUUUUCGUCACAAGUUUGGUGGGAAUUCUGCAAGGUGGUGGGCACAGCAGCCAGUUUGUCAUGAGGUUAUCAUCCACAAACCAACAGUCUACUCUCACUCUCACUCACUACCAACAUAUAAGCAGCUGUUUCCCGAGAUUGACACCAAAGUAUUGCAUCUACCUCAUGUACCAGGGGCACUUGCCUCCAGUAAGCUACUUUUUCCUCGUACCUUUGUUGACUACAGUGUCUCUCCUUGUUCCCAGUGUCCUCCCUGUGUUCUGGAUCCACAUCAUCACUGCCAUCAAGCAGUCACCUAACCUGUCCUCUCCACUGACUUCCUCCGUGCUACGCCACUGCCUGCCAAGCCAUCUGGUGCCUCCUCUAUAGAGAUCGUGUAUGUGACGUCACAGUUUUUACGGCACCAUAUUGCCGGUCAAACCAAGCUGCUCGGCAGUGUGGGAGUCAUUGAACCGGAGCAGAUUUUUCAAAUUGCCCGAGACCUGUUGUGCUAUUGGUUGUCACAACAGACGAGAUAGUUCUUCAAAGAUAUCAUUCUAUAGAAUACCAUCUGAAAAGACCAGAAAAGAUCAAUGGAUUGACGGCCAAACAAAGCUGCUCGGCAGUACAGGAGUCGCUGAACCAAAGCAGAUUUUUCACAAUGCCCAAGACCUAUUGUGCUGUUGGUUGUCACAAUAAACAAGACAGUUCUUCAAAUAGAUCAUUCUAUAGAAAACCAGCUGAAAAGACAAGAGAAGAUCGAUGGAUUUCGGCACUUAAAUGGGAUGGAUGGUGCCCAAUGAAAUCCACACACCCGUGUAGUGAUCAUUUGAUUUCAGGGUGAGAUGAUCUCAAUAAAUUGUAUCCAAUGCAGUUUGGGUUUUUGUAAUUUUUCAGACCGCAGCUGGUGAGUGGAAAAAGUUAAUUUUGGUCACAAAUCAAAAGAAUAAUAGGUAAGAAUCUGAGUAAUUUUGACUUCUAAUGUGCCAGUGUGCAGGAAGGCCUCACAUGCACAUGCACGCCAUACACAUACACCAGUAAAUUUGCAUUGACAAAUGAGUAGAUAAGAAGGGUAGGUACUCAGUAAUGGAUAGGGAGGACCGACAAGUAUGUGAGAAACAGGAAGGCGCGCGACUGUAUGUGCGUGCGCUUGUACGCGUAUGUGUACGUCAGCAGCUUCAAGACAAGAUAAGUCGGAAACAAAGAAAAAGUGACUUUAAGGUUCAUCAGCUCUCAUAUUGAGUGUGUGAGUGUAUCCGUGUUGUCUGUGCGUGAUCAGAAGUCCAAUAGAUUGAUGGAUCUUCAACACGAAGAGGAUUUCACCACCAGGAACCCUCAAGCUGACUUUGAGAUCCUGCUGCGGGUCGGAUGGGGAACCUACGGGGAGGUUUACAAGGCUCGUAAUAAGCAGACCGGGAAUCUGGCAGCUAUUAAGAUUAUUAAAACUGAACCAGAGGAUGACUUUUCCACCAUGCAGCAGGAAAUAGUCAUCGUGAGGAGCUGCAAACACGGCAACAUAGUGGCUUAUUACGGCAGCUACAUUUGGACCAGCAAACUGUGGAUCUGCAUGGAAUUCUGUGGGGGAGGCUCCCUCCAUGAUAUCUACAGUGUGACAGGUCCUCUGUCAGAAGCACAGAUUGCAUAUGUCUGCAGGGAAAUGCUCCAGGGUGUGGACUACCUCCAUUCACAGAGGAAAAUGCACCGUGAUAUCAAGGGUGCCAACAUCCUUCUCAAUGACCAUGGUGAGGUGAAGUUGGCUGACUUUGGCAUCUCUGCCCAAAUCACGGCCACACUGGCUCGGCGGAUGUCCUUUAUCGGAACACCAUAUUGGAUGGCUCCAGAGGUGGCAGCGGUGGAACUCAAAGGCGGCUACAAUGAGCUCUGUGACAUCUGGUCAGUGGGCAUCACGGCCAUUGAGCUGGCAGAGCUGCAGCCACCCAUGUUCGAGCUCCACCCCUUGCGUGCCCUGUUUCUCAUGUCCAAGAGUGGUUACCAGCCUCCCAAACUGAAGGACAAGGCAAAAUGGUCAUCCAAGUUCUAUGGCUUUGUGAAGGCUGCAUUGGUGAAAAACCCCAAGAAGAGACCAAGCGCCUCCAAGAUGCUCUCACACAUAUUCCUGAGCCAGCAGAGUCUGAGCCGGGCGCUGACUCUGGACCUAUUGGAGAAGAGUCGACACCCCGAAAAUCUCAAAUUCUGCUCAGCAACAGAUGACGAUGAAAUGGAGGUGAGUGUGCCCGGAUCGUUGAAAAGGAUCCAGUCUAUCAACAAACACAACUGGGCCGAGAGGAAACACUCACACACAAAGUUGGAGCAAAUCUACUCUCAGACACCUAUGAAGAAAGAAUCAGCGCAUUCAACUAGGAUGAGUUCCGAAAGCUCACACGGCAUCAACACACAUACUAUGAGGGACAAGGACUCAGACUCUUCAGAUGGUGACUAUGAUGAUGUGGAUAUUGUCACAAUGCCAUCGGAUCAAAUGCCACCCCCACUUCCCCCCAGGCCCAGUUUGCAUUCAGCCUCAGAUGAAAUCAUUUGGGUGGAAGGAAAUGGUGCAGUCAAACCUUCUUCGCUGUGCGUCCCCUUGCCCCUCGUUAGGACGUCCAGUGGGACACACGUCAGACCCGCUCCACAACCGAGAUUCAUGAGACACUCGGACCCCGUGUCCUUCCAGUUGAAUGACAAAGAGGUGACGCUUUUACCCCCUGAGCUGCCUCCGAAAAGCAGACGCAGACAUCAUCAGCCUUCAUCAAAGGACCCUGCCGAGUCUACGAGUCCUCUCAUCAAACCUCUUAUCUACUUUAAGAAGAUCUUCCAUGGCUCCCCUCUUAAAAUAAAGUGCUCCACCACUUGGAAACACCCAGAAACAAAAGACCAGCACCUGAUCCUGGGCGGAGAGGAGGGCAUCUACACACUCAACCUCAACAGCUCAGAAGCAACCAUCGAGCUUUUGUAUCCUGGCAAGUGCACCUGGGUCUACUGCUGCCACAACACCCUCAUGUCCGUAUCGGGUAAAUCCUCACAGCUUCACUCCCAUUUGUUGAAGGAGCUUUACGAACAGGCUCGUAGGGAUCAGAGGAUGAUGGCACUGCCUACUCAUCUAUUGUUGCCAAGGAAAUAUGCGGUGACGUGUAAAAUUGCGGACACCAAAGGCUGCAGGACCUGCUCAGUUGCUGACAACUUCCUGUGCUGCGCCCUGGAGUGUAGUGUGGUGCUGCUGCAGUGGUAUGAGCCCAUGAAAAAGUUCAUGCUCAUCAAGCAUUUCGACUUCCCCCUCACCAAUGCUCUGCGGGUGUUUGAGAUGGUGUUGGACCCCCAGCAGGAGUACCCACUGGUGUGCAUCAGUGUCUCUCGGGGCUCUGGCCCCACAUUGCCCGUCACUUUGGAGUACAUCAAUCUCAAUUCCAACACUUCCUGGUUCACGCACGUCGACGCGGUCACAGAUCAGCGCCACCCAGAUGCCAUGCAAGUCAACCAACUGGACAGCAACUCACUGCUGGUCCUCCUUAAAAGGUCAGUCCACAUAGUCAGCCUGGAGGGAGCACUAAAGAGCAGCCAGCCUUACGGGACCACAUUCUCACAGGACGUGGAGUCUGUCGUGUAUUUGGAGGACACAUUGUUAGCGGUGUGGCGUCAUGGAUGGCUGAGGAUGAAAAGAGGCACUGCAAAGGUGUUGGAGGAGAUCACGGACCCCAAGAAGAUAUUCCGGCUGAUACAGUGUGACAGGAUGGUUGUCUUGGAGACACACCAGACAGAGGACCCGUUGGGGCUGUCCAACCUGUACUUGCUGGAGAUUGCUGAGAACUAUGUCAUGUUGCCUUGAUGCCCCCGAGCACAGCAUCACGGGAUACUGUAUGUAAUGUUUGCAUGCAGGAUUCAAGAGUCUUGACCUAAUUUGGUGAAACUGGUUUCAGUGGGAUCUGUAUAAUCCAGGAAAUUCACAAUCCACUGUAUUGUCAAUCAUUUCUGAUCGACCAGUGUAACACUGCCAUGUAUUAAAGUAACUUAAACUCUU